CUUUCAAUCGACGCAGUAGUAAAUACACGGUCAUCAUCCUGAUCAAUAAUAAUAGUUGCAUUGCCUAAGAAAACGUUAAACUUCAAAACAAAGGUUCAAGGGUUGCUUUCUUCGAAUAUAUUGUUUUUUGCAACAGUCCUAUCAAGGGGUCAACAAUGAAGUGCAGUACUUUGCUUGCUUUGUGUUGCUCUCUUUUCACAGUACUUCAACUUUCUCCAACGUCAGUUUCUGCAAAUGCAAUUUUGCCCAUUUUUGUACAGCCUGAAUAUGACGAAUUUUUCAGAUUUCUUUCGAAUGAAGAGAAAGAAUGGAUGAUGAAUUUGGCCGUGUGGUACUUUGAUACUGACAACUCACAAGUUUCACCUUUUCCAAUUGAAACCGGUGAAAAACAAGCGCAACAAAGAUUCGGACUCAAGCCAAAUCCCAUUCCAUUAAAUUACACCGCUAGCGAUAUCCCAGACAGAUUGAUUUCCCAGUUUCUGAAUGGUGACGUGCCAAAACUUUGGCAGAAAGAGUUCACUAAAUGGCUGACCAAGACUUACAAGCUCAAGCCAAAAAACUUUAUGCAGUACAGAGCGACUGGGGUAUUUUGCGUCAAAGGUGAUGAUUGUGAUUUAAUCGACCUUUCCAACGUUGGAGGAAUCUGUUGCCCUUUCGGUUAAUUAAAUGCAAUUGCAAUCAUGCACUUAUUGCCUUUUGAAUAUAUUACUUGUACAUUUAUCUUGUAAUCAUAAUUCAUGUAACAUUUAUGGAUAAUCUUCUAAAUAAUAUAACUUAUAACAUUACCGACAUAA